ACCGUGGGUCUGCGUUUGCAGCGCAAGGGCGACAAGUCUCCGCUGCCGGGACAGUCAUGGUCACACGACGUGUUUGCGGCCAGCAGCCCAGAAGUUGUCCUGAGUGGGGAUGAUGAAGAGUACAGGAGGAUUUACACAAAGAAAAUUAAACCACGACUGAAGUCGGAUGACGCGGUAGAAAUAGAGUCCGGGGGAACGCAGAGCAGGACCAUUACGGUCACCAGAAAGGUCACGGCAUACACUGUCGACGUUAGUAGGCAUGAAGGAGCAAAAGAUAUCGACGUCACCAGCCCAGAUUUUAAAAUCAAGAUCCCGAAACAGGAAAUCGCCCAUGCCACAAAGACCGAUGUUGAAACGGAGCCUGGGAAAACUGUGAUCAAAAGUGCAUCAGGAGAUUUGUCUGGGAAAAACACCCAAACAACAGACUUGAGUAUGGACAGCAGAGGGGCAUCUCCUGGCAUUUCAUACACUGGACCGACAAUUGAAUCCACAACCAGGAAGCUAGAUGUCCACAUGGGCAAGGCUCAGGUUGGGAAGCCCGAGAUAACUGUUUCAGGAACACAAGUCACAGGUGUUCCCCUGAGGACUCAGAUGGACUCUAAACUGUCAGAGAUCCAAGUUCCAGGUGGGGAAAUUGGAAAAUCAGUUACAACCAAGGUGCCGGGACUGAAUGUUUCUGGCACUGGGUUCCACGGCCCUGAGGGCAGCUUUCCCAGACCUCAUGCAAAUGGACAGACGGGAAACCUGGAUGCAGAUUUUCAUGCUAAGGGCUCCAAACUGGAUGGUAAAAUGCAUGUUUCCGGCAUGGAUAUCCAAAGAGAACUGCCAGGGAGCAAAAAGUCACAAGCUGAUAUUUCUGGCCCCAGUAUUCAGGGAGCUAUCAAAGCUCCUGGAGUAGACGUUUCCUUACCGAUGGUUGAAAGUCCGGACAUUGAUGUUGGAAAAAUAAAAAUUCCUACUAUGAAAAUGCCCAAAUUUGGGUUCUCCAGUGGGGGUUCUGGCAUCGACGUUCAAGCUGUGCAGGGAGGUGCGGACAUUCCUGCACCAAAGGUGCAAACUCCUCACAUGGAUGUUCCUGCCCCAUCUGUCCAUAUCAUGGGCUCCAAAGUUCCUUCUCCUUCAGGGGAAGGGGUUAAAGUCACAAAGCCACAGGUGGAUAUGGAGCUGAAGGGUGCUGUGAAACUCCCUUCCCCAGCGCUCGAAGUCCCUGGAGCGGAUAUCAAAGGACCCAGCACAGAGCUCCUAGCUCCUGACAUAGACAUCCAAGGUGGCAGCAGAAAAGUAAAAAUACCCCAUAUGACGCUUCCAAAAUUUACUGCAUUGGACUCCCAAGGGGAAGGUCCUACUGUGGAAGUGGUGCUCCCAAAGGGGGAGGUGGGACCGGCAGCAGCUAAGGCACAUGUUGACGUUCCUGAAGUGGCCAUCAAAGGAGAAUGGAAAGCCCCCAAAUUUGGGAAGACUGAAACGCCCAAAAUAUCUAUGUCAGAUGUAAACCUGAAUCUGAAAGGCACUCACCUGAAGGGAGAUGCGAGUGUCACAGUCCCAAGAAUGGAAGAGGAUAUCAAAGGACUUGGCUUUGACUCUAAAGCUCCCAAGGUCGAUGUUAAGGCUCCUGAUGUUGGAUUUGAAUGUCCAGAAGGUUACUUGAAAGGGCCUGGCAUAUCAAUGCCUUCCAAAGUAUCUAUGCCAGAUAUGGACAUUAAUGUGAAGGGGCCUCAGCUGAAGGGAGAGGUGGAUGUUUCUAUCCCAAAGAUAGGUGGCAACUUGAAAGGACCUCAGAUGGAUAUUAAAGGCCCCAAACUGGGAAUGGACAUGCCUGAUAUAGAUGUCAAAGGCCCCAAAGUUACGAUGCCAGAGAUGCAUGUCAAGACCCCACAAAUCUCCAUGCCCGACAUCGACUUGAAUCUGAAAGGCCCCAAAGUGAAAGGAGGCCUAGAUGUUUCUGCCCCCAAACUGGAAGGAGAGAUGAAAGCCCCUGGACUUGACAUCAAAGGCCCCAGAGUUGACCUUGAAGCACCAGACGUGGACGUCCACGGCCCAGAAGGUAAACUGAAGAUGCCUAAGCUGAAAAUGCCCAAGUUUGGGGUGCCCGGCCUAAAGGGAGAGGGCCCUGACGUUGAUGUGACGCUUCCAAAGGGUGAGGUGGAUAUUUCUGGUCCCAGGGUAGAUGUUGAUGUGCCAAGCCUGGACAUUGAAGGGCCAGAAGGAAAAUUGAAAGGCCCCAAGCUGAAAAUGCCUGAGAUGCACAUCAGAGCACCGAAGGUCUCUGUGCCAGAUGUUGAUCUGAAUUUGAAAGGCCCCAAAGUGAAGGGUGACGUGGAUGUCUCCAUCCCCACGGUAGGUGCUGAUUUGAAGGGUCCCGAAUUAGAGCUCAGAGGCCCCAAAGUUGACCUUGAAGCACCAGAUGUGGACCUCCAUGGCCCAGAGGGUAAACUGAAGAUGCCUAAGCUGAAAAUGCCCAAGUUUGGGGUGCCCGGCCUAAAGGGAGAGGGCCCUGACGUUGAUGUGACGCUUCCAAAGGGUGAGGUGGAUAUUUCUGGUCCCAGGGUAGAUGUUGAUGUGCCAAGCCUGGACAUUGAAGGGCCAGAAGGAAAAUUGAAAGGCCCCAAGCUGAAAAUGCCUGAGAUGCACAUCAGAGCACCGAAGGUCUCUGUGCCAGAUGUUGAUCUGAAUUUGAAAGGCCCCAAAGUGAAGGGUGACGUGGAUGUCUCCAUCCCCACGGUAGGUGCUGAUUUGAAGGGUCCCGAAUUAGAGCUCAGAGGCCCCAAAGUUGACCUUGAAGCACCAGAUGUGGACCUCCACGGCCCAGAGGGUAAACUGAAGAUGCCUAAGCUGAAAAUGCCCAAGUUUGGGGUGCCUGGCCUGAAGGGAGAGGGGCCAGAAGUGGAAGUGAAACUUCCUAAGGGAGGUAUAGAAGUCUCUGGUCCAAAAGUAGAUGCUGACAUUCCUAGUUUAGACAUCAAAGGACCUGAAGGAAAACUCAAAGGCCCCAAAGUCACGAUGCCAGAGAUGCAUGUCAAGACCCCACAAAUCUCCAUGCCCGACAUCGACUUGAAUCUGAAAGGCCCCAAAGUGAAAGGAGGCCUAGAUGUUUCUGCCCCCAAACUGGAAGGAGAGAUGAAAGCCCCUGGACUUGACAUCAAAGGCCCCAGAGUUGACCUUGAAGCACCAGAUGUGGACGUCCACGGCCCAGAAGGUAAACUGAAGAUGCCUAAGCUGAAAAUGCCCAAGUUUGGGGUGCCCGGCCUAAAGGGAGAGGGCCCUGACGUUGAUGUGACGCUUCCAAAGGGUGAGGUGGAUAUUUCUGGUCCCAGGGUAGAUGUUGAUGUGCCAAGCCUGGACAUUGAAGGGCCAGAAGGAAAAGUAAAAAGUCUCAAAUUUAAAAUGCCUGAACUAAAUAUUCAGACGCCCAAAAUCUCCAUGCCAGAUGUAGAUCUCAGUUUGAAGGCCCCAAAAUUGAGAGGAGAUGUAGAUAUUUCUGUUCCGAAGACCCAUGGAGACCUCAAGGGGCCCAAAAUGGAUGUGGAAGGUCCCAAAGUGGAUGUUGAUGUGCCUGAUGUAGACUUGGAAUGUCCAGAAGGGAAAAUAAAAGGCCCCAAAUUUAAAAUGCCUAAGCUUAAUAUCAAAGCACCUAAAAUAUCCAUGCCUGAUGUCGAUCUGAACCUAAAGGGACAUAAGGUGAGAGGAGAGAUGGAUGUUUCCGUUCCAAAGAUAGAAGGUGACUUGAAAGAGCCUGGUGUUGCUAUCAAGGGUCCAAAACUAGAUGUUGAGGUCCCAGAUGUUGAGCUGGAAUGUCCAGAAGCCAAACUAAAAAUGCCUAAAGUGAAGUUGCCUCACUUUAAUGUGUCUGGCCCAAAGUUUGAGGGGGCUGACAUAGAUGUAAACCUGCCGAAAGGAGAAAUGGAUAUUUCCGGACCAGAGGCAGAACUAGACACUGAAGGACCAGAAGGAAAAUGGAAAGGACCUAAGUUCAGGAUGCCAAAGCUGAACAUUAAAACACCUAAAAUAUCCAUGCCGGAUGUUGAUUUGAACAUAAAAGGACCUAAAAUGAAAGGAGAAAUGGAUAUUACAGUUCCCAAGAUAGAAGGUGAAUUGAAAGGGCCAGAAAUAGACAUUAAAGGGCCCAAAGUCGAUAUUGAGGCACCUGAUAUUGAUUUGGAGUGCCCUGAAGGGAAACUGAAGGGCCCCAAGUUCAAGAUGCCUGACAUGCACAUCAAGGCACCCAAGAUCUCCAUGCCCGACGUUGACUUUAACCUGAAGGGCCCCAAGCUGAAGGGAGAUGUGGAUGUGGACGUGUCUGUCCCUAAGCUUGAGGGCGACCUGAAAGGUCCCGAGGUGGACAUCAAGGGUCCCAAAGUGGACAUUGAGGCGCCCGACGUGGAUGUUCAUGGCCCGGAAGGAAAAUUCAAAAUGCCCAAGUUCAAGAUGCCCAAGUUUGGGAUGCCUGGCUUUAAAGGAGAAGGCCCGGAGGUGGACGUGAACCUGCCGAAAGGAGACCUGGAUGUUUCCGGUCCCAAGGUGGAUAUUGAGGGUCCAGAGCUGGACGUUGAAGGGCCAGAGGGGAAGCUGAAGGGCCCCAAGUUCAAGAUGCCAGAAAUGCAUUUCAAGGCACCCAAGAUCUCUAUGCCAGACAUCGACCUAAAUCUGAAGGGCCCAAAAAUGAAGGGGGAUGUGGAUGUGUCUGUUCCCAAAUUAGAAGGUGAUUUGAAGGGCCCAGAAAUGGACAUCAAAGGUCCAAAAAUGAACGUGGACCUUCCUGAAGCUGAGCUGGAAGGCCCUGAAGGGAAGCUGAAGGGCCCCAAGUUUAAGAUGCCCGACAUGCACAUCAAGGCACCCAAGAUCUCCAUGCCCGACGUUGACUUUAACCUGAAGGGCCCCAAGCUGAAGGGAGAUGUGGAUGUGGACGUGUCUGUCCCUAAGCUUGAGGGCGACCUGAAAGGUCCCGAGGUGGACAUCAAGGGUCCCAAAGUGGACAUUGAGGCACCCGACGUGGAUGUUCAUGGCCCGGAAGGAAAAUUCAAAAUGCCCAAGUUCAAGAUGCCCAAGUUUGGGAUGCCUGGCUUUAAAGGAGAAGGCCCGGAGGUGGACGUGAACCUGCCGAAAGGAGACCUGGAUGUUUCCGGUCCCAAGGUGGAUAUUGAGGGUCCAGAGCUGGACGUUGAAGGGCCAGAGGGGAAGCUGAAGGGCCCCAAGUUCAAGAUGCCCGACAUGCACAUCAAGGCACCCAAGAUCUCCAUGCCCGACGUUGACUUUAACCUGAAGGGCCCCAAGCUGAAGGGAGAUGUGGAUGUGGACGUGUCUGUCCCUAAGCUUGAGGGCGACCUGAAAGGUCCCGAGGUGGACAUCAAGGGUCCCAAAGUGGACAUUGAGGCACCCGACGUGGAUGUUCAUGGCCCGGAAGGAAAAUUCAAAAUGCCCAAGUUCAAGAUGCCCAAGUUUGGGAUGCCGGGGCUGAAGGGAGAAGGCCCGGAGGUGGACGUGAACCUGCCGAAAGGAGACCUGGAUGUUUCCGGUCCCAAGGUAGAUAUUGAGUUGCCAACUGCAGACAUUGAAGGGCCAGAGGGGAAGCUGAAGGGCCCCAAGUUUAAGAUGCCAGAAAUGCAUUUCAAUGUUCCCAAGAUCUCCAUGCCUGAUAUCGACUUGAACCUGAAAGGGCCCAAAGUGAAGGGGGCUGUUGAUGUUUCUGUUCCCAAAUUAGAAGGUGAUUUGAAAGGAUCUGAUUUGAAUAUUCAAGGUCCCAAAGUGGAUGUAGACAUUUCUGGUCUUGACAUUGAAGGUCCUGAGGGAAAAGGGAAAGGACCCAAGAUUAAAAUGCCUGAAAUGCAUAUUAAGGCACCUAAAAUUUCCAUGCCUGAUGUAGAUGUCAAUUUGAAAGGUCCCAAAGUGAAGGGGGAUGUAGAUGUUUCUGUCCCGAAAAUCGAGGGUGAUUUGAAGGAGGCUGAUUUGCACCUGAAAGGGCCCAAAAUGGACAUAGAGGUUCCUGACAUGGACAUUGAGGGCCCAGAAGGAAAGUUAAAGGGUCCCAAAUUUAAGAUGCCAGAGAUGCAUUUUAAAGCCCCUAAAAUCUCCAUGCCAGACUUUGAUCUGAACUUGAAGGGCCCCAAAGUGAAGGGGGAUGUGGAUGUGUCUGUUCCCAAAUUAGAAGGUGAUUUGAAGGGCCCAGAAAUGGACAUCAAAGGUCCAAAAAUGAACGUGGACCUUCCUGAAGCUGAGCUGGAAGGCCCUGAAGGGAAGCUGAAGGGCCCCAAGUUUAAGAUGCCAGAAAUGCAUUUCAAUGUUCCCAAGAUCUCCAUGCCUGAUAUCGACUUGAACCUGAAAGGGCCCAAAGUGAAGGGGGCUGUUGAUGUUUCUGUUCCCAAAUUAGAAGGUGAUUUGAAGGGCCCAGAAAUGGACAUCAAAGGUCCAAAAAUGAACGUGGACCUUCCUGAAGCUGAGCUGGAAGGCCCUGAAGGGAAGCUGAAGGGCCCCAAGUUUAAGAUGCCAGAAAUGCAUUUCAAUGUUCCCAAGAUCUCCAUGCCUGAUAUCGACUUGAACCUGAAAGGGCCCAAAGUGAAGGGGGCUGUUGAUGUUUCUGUUCCCAAAUUAGAAGGUGAUUUGAAGGGCCCAGAAAUGGACAUCAAAGGUCCAAAAAUGAACGUGGACCUUCCUGAAGCUGAGCUGGAAGGCCCUGAAGGGAAGCUGAAGGGCCCCAAGUUUAAGAUGCCAGAAAUGCAUUUCAAUGUUCCCAAGAUCUCCAUGCCUGAUAUCGACUUGAACCUGAAAGGGCCCAAAGUGAAGGGGGCUGUUGAUGUUUCUGUUCCCAAAUUAGAAGGUGAUUUGAAGGGCCCAGAAAUGGACAUCAAAGGUCCAAAAAUGAACGUGGACCUUCCUGAAGCUGAGCUGGAAGGCCCUGAAGGGAAGCUGAAGGGCCCCAAGUUUAAGAUGCCCGACAUGCACAUCAAGGCACCCAAGAUCUCCAUGCCCGACGUUGACUUUAACCUGAAGGGCCCCAAGCUGAAGGGAGAUGUGGAUGUGGACGUGUCUGUCCCUAAGCUUGAGGGCGGCCUGAAAGGUCCCGAGGUGGACAUCAAGGGUCCCAAAGUGGACAUUGAGGCACCCGACGUGGAUGUUCAUGGCCCGGAAGGAAAAUUCAAAAUGCCCAAGUUCAAGAUGCCCAAGUUUGGGAUGCCUGGCUUUAAAGGAGAAGGCCCGGAGGUGGACGUGAACCUGCCGAAAGGAGACCUGGAUGUUUCCGGUCCCAAGGUAGAUAUUGAGUUGCCAACUGCAGACAUUGAAGGGCCAGAGGGGAAGCUGAAGGGCCCCAAGUUUAAGAUGCCAGAAAUGCAUUUCAAUGUUCCCAAGAUCUCCAUGCCUGAUAUCGACUUGAACCUGAAAGGGCCCAAAGUGAAGGGGGCUGUUGAUGUUUCUGUUCCCAAAUUAGAAGGUGAUUUGAAAGGAUCUGAUUUGAAUAUUCAAGGUCCCAAAGUGGAUGUAGACAUUUCUGGUCUUGACAUUGAAGGUCCUGAGGGAAAAGGGAAAGGACCCAAGAUUAAAAUGCCUGAAAUGCAUAUUAAGGCACCUAAAAUUUCCAUGCCUGAUGUAGAUGUCAAUUUGAAAGGUCCCAAAGUGAAGGGGGAUGUAGAUGUUUCUGUCCCGAAAAUCGAGGGUGAUUUGAAGGAGGCUGAUUUGCACCUGAAAGGGCCCAAAAUGGACAUAGAGGUUCCUGACAUGGACAUUGAGGGCCCAGAAGGAAAGUUAAAGGGUCCCAAAUUUAAGAUGCCAGAGAUGCAUUUUAAAGCCCCUAAAAUCUCCAUGCCAGACUUUGAUCUGAACUUGAAGGGCCCCAAAGUGAAGGGGGAUGUGGAUGUGUCUGUUCCCAAAAUAGAGGGUGAUUUGAAAGGUCCAGAAGUCGACAUCAAAGGCCCUAAACUGGAUAUCGAUGCUCCUGAUGUUGACAUGGAAGGCCCAGAAGGCAAACUGAAAGGCCCCAAAUUCAAGAUGCCUGAAAUGCACUUCAAGACACCCAAGAUCUCCAUGCCAGACAUAGAUCUGAACCUGAGAGGCCCCAAGCUGAAGGGGGAUUUGGAUGUUUCUGCUCCCAAACUAGAGGGUGACUUGAAAGGGCCAGAAGGGGAUAUCAAAGGUCCUAAACUGGACAUAGAAGCUCCUGAUGUGGAUAUUGAGGUCCCAGAGGGGAAGCUGAGAGGCCCCAAGUUUAAGAUGCCUGACAUGCAUUUUAAGGCUCCCAAGAUCUCCAUGCCAGACUUUGAUCUCAAUCUGAAAGGUCCAAAAUUAGAAGGCAACCUGAAAGGGCCUGAGGUUAAUGUAAAAGGUCCCAAAAUGGACAUAGAGGUUCCUGAUGUUGAGCUGGAAGGUCCAGAAGGAAAGUUAAAGGGUCCCAAAUUUAAGAUGCCAGAGAUGCAUUUUAAAGCCCCCAAAAUCUCCAUGCCAGACUUUGAUGUGAACUUGAAAGGUCCCAAAAUGAAGGGGGAUGUGGAUGUGUCUGUUCCCAAAUUAGAAGGUGAUUUGAAGGGCCCAGAAAUGGACAUCAAAGGUCCAAAAAUGAACGUGGACCUUCCUGAAGCUGAGCUGGAAGGCCCUGAAGGGAAGCUGAAGGGCCCCAAGUUUAAGAUGCCCGACAUGCACAUCAAGGCACCCAAGAUCUCCAUGCCCGACGUUGACUUUAACCUGAAGGGCCCCAAGCUGAAGGGAGAUGUGGAUGUGGACGUGUCUGUCCCUAAGCUUGAGGGCGACCUGAAAGGUCCCGAGGUGGACAUCAAGGGUCCCAAAGUGGACAUUGAGGCACCCGACGUGGAUGUUCAUGGCCCGGAAGGAAAAUUCAAAAUGCCCAAGUUCAAGAUGCCCAAGUUUGGGAUGCCUGGCUUUAAAGGAGAAGGCCCGGAGGUGGACGUGAACCUGCCGAAAGGAGACCUGGAUGUUUCCGGUCCCAAGGUGGAUAUUGAGGGUCCAGAGCUGGACAUUGAAGGGCCAGAGGGGAAGCUGAAGGGCCCCAAGUUCAAGAUGCCAGAAAUGCAUUUCAAGGCACCCAAGAUCUCUAUGCCAGACAUCGACCUAAAUCUGAAGGGCCCAAAAAUGAAGGGGGAUGUGGAUGUGUCUGUUCCCAAAUUAGAAGGUGAUUUGAAGGGCCCAGAAAUGGACAUCAAAGGUCCAAAAAUGAACGUGGACCUUCCUGAAGCUGAGCUGGAAGGCCCUGAAGGGAAGCUGAAGGGCCCCAAGUUUAAGAUGCCCGACAUGCACAUCAAGGCACCCAAGAUCUCCAUGCCCGACGUUGACUUUAACCUGAAGGGCCCCAAGCUGAAGGGAGAUGUGGAUGUGGACGUGUCUGUCCCUAAGCUUGAGGGCGACCUGAAAGGUCCCGAGGUGGACAUCAAGGGUCCCAAAGUGGACAUUGAGGCACCCGACGUGGAUGUUCAUGGCCCGGAAGGAAAAUUCAAAAUGCCCAAGUUCAAGAUGCCCAAGUUUGGGAUGCCUAGCUUUAAAGGAGAAGGCCCGGAGGUGGACGUGAACCUGCCGAAAGGAGACCUGGAUGUUUCCGGUCCCAAGGUGGAUAUUGAGGGUCCAGAGCUGGACAUUGAAGGGCCAGAGGGGAAGCUGAAGGGCCCCAAGUUCAAGAUGCCAGAAAUGCAUUUCAAGGCACCCAAGAUCUCUAUGCCAGACAUCGACCUAAAUCUGAAGGGCCCAAAAAUGAAGGGGGAUGUGGAUGUGUCUGUUCCCAAAUUAGAAGGUGAUUUGAAGGGCCCAGAAAUGGACAUCAAAGGUCCAAAAAUGAACGUGGACCUUCCUGAAGCUGAGCUGGAAGGCCCUGAAGGGAAGCUGAAGGGCCCCAAGUUUAAGAUGCCCGACAUGCACAUCAAGGCACCCAAGAUCUCCAUGCCCGACGUUGACUUUAACCUGAAGGGCCCCAAGCUGAAGGGAGAUGUGGAUGUGGACGUGUCUGUCCCUAAGCUUGAGGGCGACCUGAAAGGUCCCGAGGUGGACAUCAAGGGUCCCAAAGUGGACAUUGAGGCGCCCGACGUGGAUGUUCAUGGCCCGGAAGGAAAAUUCAAAAUGCCCAAGUUCAAGAUGCCCAAGUUUGGGAUGCCUGGCUUUAAAGGAGAAGGCCCGGAGGUGGACGUGAACCUGCCGAAAGGAGACCUGGAUGUUUCCGGUCCCAAGGUGGAUAUUGAGGGUCCAGAGCUGGACGUUGAAGGGCCAGAGGGGAAGCUGAAGGGCCCCAAGUUCAAGAUGCCCGACAUGCACAUCAAGGCACCCAAGAUCUCCAUGCCCGACGUUGACUUUAACCUGAAGGGCCCCAAGCUGAAGGGAGAUGUGGAUGUGGACGUGUCUGUCCCUAAGCUUGAGGGCGACCUGAAAGGUCCCGAGGUGGACAUCAAGGGUCCCAAAGUGGACAUUGAGGCGCCCGACGUGGAUGUUCAUGGCCCGGAAGGAAAAUUCAAAAUGCCCAAGUUCAAGAUGCCCAAGUUUGGGAUGCCGGGGCUGAAGGGAGAAGGCCCGGAGGUGGAUUUAAAUCUACCUGAUGCCGACGUUGCGGUUUCAGGUCCCAAGGUGGAUAUUAGUGUUCCUGAUUUGGACGUUGAAGGGCCAGAAGGAAACCUAAAAGGCCCUAAAUAUAAGAAGCCUGACAUUCAUUUCAAUGUUCCUAAGAUCUCCAUGCCAGAUAUUGAUUUAAAUUUGAAAGGCCCAAAAGUAAAGGCUGAUGUUGAUGCCUCUGUUCCAAAAAUAGAAGGUGAACUGAAAAGUCCUAAACUAGACAUCAAGGGGCCUGAAAUUGAAGUUGAGACACCAAAGGUUGAUAUAGAAGGAAAACCUAAAAAAUCCAGGUUUAAACUUCCAAAGUUUGGCUUUUCUGGUCCUAAAGUGCCCCACCCUGAUGUGGAUGUGAAACUUAAAAAACCUGAUAUUGAAGUAUCUGGUCCCAACGUUGAUGUUCAUGCUCCGGAUUUGGACGUGCAGACAAAAACAAAAGGAUCAAAGUUUAAAAUGCCUUUUCUGAGUAUUUCAUCGCCUAAAGUUUCAAUGCCAGAUGUGGAGCUAAAUCUGAAAGGGCAUAAACUGAAAGGAGACUUAGAUGUUUCCAGUCCCAAGUUGGAAGGGGAACUGAAAGGGCCUGACAUUGAUAUCAAGGGCCCCAGAGUCAACAUCGAGGCACCUGACACGGAUAUUCACGGGCCAGAGGGUAAACUCAAAAUGCCCAAGUUCAAAAUGCCCAAAUUUGGCAUGUCUGGAUUUAAAGCUGAGGGGCCAGAGCUGGACAUUAGCAUCCCAAAAGGGGACCUUGAUGUUUCAGGUCCCAAGCUGGGUGUGGAAGGUUCUGAACUGGAAAUUGAAGGGCCAGAGGGGAAGCUCAAGGGCCCCCAAAUCAAGAUGCCAGAAAUGCACGUAAAGGCACCCAAGAUCUCCAUGCCUGACGUUGACCUGCAUCUGAAAAGCCCCAAAGCAAAGGGGGAUGUGGAUGUCUCUCAUCUGCAAGGUGCUCUGAAGGGACCUGAAUUAGAUAUAAAAGGACCAAAAGUGGAUGUACAGGUCCCAGGCCUUGACAUUGAAGGCCCCGAAGGAAAACUGAAAGGACCCAAAUUUAAAAUGCCCGAAGUGAAUAUCAAGGCUCCCAAUAUUUCCAUGCCAGACUUUGAUUUGAAUUUGAAAGGCCCUAAGCUGAAAGGAGAUGUGGAUGUUGAUCUUUCAGUGCCCAAACCAGAAGGUGACUUGAGUGGGCCAGAAUUUAAUAUCAAAGGACCAAAGGUUGACAUCGAUGCUCCUGAACUGGAUGUCGAAGGGCCAGAAGGAAAAUGGAAAAGUCCCAAGUUUAAAAUGCCAGAGAUGCACAUAAAGGCUCCCAAAAUUUCAAUGCCUGAUAUUGACUUAAACCUUAAAGGUCCCAAGCUGAAAGGAGACAUAGAUGUUUCUGCCCCAAAGCUGGAAGGGGAUUUUAAGGCUCCUGACAUCAAUAUUGGAGGCCCCAAGGUUGACAUCGAUGUGCCAGAUGUGGAUAUUCAUGGCCCAGAGGGUAAACUCAAAGCACCCAAAUUCAAAAUGCCCAAAUUUGGAAUGCCUGGCUUCAAAGGGGAUGGCCCAGAGAUGGAUAUAAAUCUCCCAAAGGGAGAACUCGAUAUUUCUGUUCCUAAGGUGGCUGUUGAUGCUCCAGAUCUGGACAUUGAAGGGCCAGAAGGCAAACUGAAGGGCCCAAAAUUCAAGAUGCCUGAGAUGCACUUCAAAGCACCUAAAAUUUCCAUGCCUGACAUUGAUUUGAAUCUGAAAGGGCCAAAGUUGAAAGGAGAGGUGGAUGUGCCAAAACUGGAAGGGGAUUUGAAAGGUCCUGAACUGGAAAUGAAAGGACCAGAAGUAGACAUAGAUGUUCCUAAUGUGGAUAUCGAAGGACCAGAAGGAAAAUGGAAAGGCCCCAAAUUGAAGAUGCCAGAGAUGCAUUUUAAGGCUCCUAAAAUUUCUGUGCCUGACUUUGAUGUGAACCUAAAAGGCCCGAAAGUGAAGGGGGACGUGGAUGUGUCUGUGCCGGCUGUGGAAGGUGAUUUGAAAGCGCCAAAAGUUGAUAUUAAGGGCCCUGAGUUAGAUGUCAGUGCCCCAGAUGUUAAUAUUGAGGGCCCAGAAGGAAAGUUAAAGGGUCCCAAAUUUAAGAUGCCAGAGAUGCAUUUUAAAGCCCCUAAAAUCUCCAUGCCAGACUUUGAUCUGAACUUGAAGGGCCCCAAAGUGAAGGGGGAUGUGGAUGUGUCUGUUCCCAAAAUAGAGGGUGAUUUGAAAGGUCCAGAAGUCGACAUCAAAGGCCCUAAACUGGAUAUCGAUGCUCCUGAUGUUGACAUGGAAGGCCCAGAAGGCAAACUGAAAGGCCCCAAAUUCAAGAUGCCUGAAAUGCACUUCAAGACACCCAAGAUCUCCAUGCCAGACAUAGAUCUGAACCUGAGAGGCCCCAAGCUGAAGGGGGAUUUGGAUGUUUCUGCUCCCAAACUAGAGGGUGACUUGAAAGGGCCAGAAGGGGAUAUCAAAGGUCCUAAACUGGACAUAGAAGCUCCUGAUGUGGAUAUUGAGGUCCCAGAGGGGAAGCUGAGAGGCCCCAAGUUUAAGAUGCCUGACAUGCAUUUUAAGGCUCCCAAGAUCUCCAUGCCAGACUUUGAUCUCAAUCUGAAAGGUCCAAAAGUGAAAGGGGAUGUAGAUGUUUCCACUCCUAAGUUAGAAGGCAACCUGAAAGGGCCUGAGGUUAAUGUAAAAGGUCCCAAAAUGGACAUAGAGGUUCCUGAUGUUGAGCUGGAAGGUCCAGAAGGAAAGUUAAAGGGUCCCAAAUUUAAGAUGCCAGAGAUGCAUUUUAAAGCCCCCAAAAUCUCCAUGCCAGACUUUGAUGUGAACUUGAAAGGUCCCAAAACCCAGAUCUCCAUGCCCGACGUUGACUUUAACCUGAAGGGCCCCAAGCUGAAGGGAGACAUGGACGUUUCUGCACCUGAUCUGGAAAGCCCUAAAGUUGAGAUCGAGGCCCCUGACAUGGACAUUGAGGGCCCUGAAGGGAAGCUGAAAGGUCCCAAGUUCAAGAUGCCAGACAUGCACUUUAAAGCUCCCAAAAUCUCCACGCCAGACUUUGAUCUGAACCUGAAAGGCCCCAAAGUGAAAGGAGACUUGGACAUGUCGGUGCCAGGAAUGGAAUGUGAACUGAAAGGCCCAGAAGUCAACAUUGGAGGUCCUAAAUUAGAUAUAGAUGCCCCUGAUGUCGAUAUUGAUAGCCCUGAAGGUAAAUUCAAGCUGCCUAAAUUCAAAAUGCCCAAGUUUGCAAUGCCUGGCUUCAAAGGAGAGGGGGCAGAUGUGAACGUGAACCUGCCCAAGGGAGACGCUGAAAUUUCCGGCCCUAGCAUAGAUAUAGAGGCUCCUGAUUUGAAUAUGGAAGGAAAACUGAAAGGUCCCAAAUUUAAGAUGCCUGAAAUGCACAUUAAGUCUCCUAAGAUCUCUCUCCCUGAUGUUGACCUCAAUGUGAAGGGGCCUCAACUGAAAGGAGAUGUAGAUGUUUCUGGACCUAAGUUGGAAGGAGAUUUGAAAGCACCCAAAAUUGAUGUGAAAGCCCCCAGGCUAGACAUUGAUGCGCCUGAUAUGAACAUUGAAGGGCCAGAGGGGAAGCUCAAAGGCCCCAAAUUCAAGAUGCCAGAAAUGCAUGUCAAGACACCCAAGAUCUCCAUGCCCAAUGUUGACUUUAAUCUGAAAGGCCCCAAACUGAAGGGAGACAUGGAUAUCUCAGCACCAAAGUUGGAAGGGGAUUUGCAGUGUCCGGAAGUUGACAUCAAAGGCACAAAAUUGGAUAUCGAGUCACCUGACAUUAACAUUGAAGGGCCAGAUGGAAAACUGAAAGGGCCUAGAAUCAAGAUGCCAGACAUGCACGUCAAGACUCCCCAGAUCUCCAUGCCAGACAUAGACCUGAACCUAAAGGGACCGAGGCUGAAAGGCAAUGUUGAUAUUCCGUGUCCAAAACUCGAGACGGAUUUGAAGGCUCCUGAAAUUGAUAUUAAGGGUCCCAAAUUAGAUAUUGAGGGCCCAGAAGUUGAUGUUCAUGGCCCAGAGGGAAAACUGAAAAUACCUAAAAUGAAGCUGCCAAAGUUCGGCAUGCCUGGCUUUAAAGGGGAAGGCCCUGAGGUGGACAUGAACCUGCCAAAGACAGAGGUCGAUCUUUCAGGUCCCAAGGUAGAUAUCAGCGUCCCAGACGUAAGCGUCGAAGGUCCAGAAGGAAAACUGAAGGGCCCUAAACUUAAGAUGCCAGAAAUGCAUGUAAACGUUCCUAAAAUCUCGAUGCCUGAUAUAGACUUGAAUUUGAAAGGCCAUAAAACAAAGGGAGGCUUUGACAUUACAUCCCCAAAGAUUGAAGGUAAUCUGAAGGGUCCUGAAGUCGAUGUCAGAGUCCCGGAAUUUGGAGUCAAAGGCCCCGAAAUUGAUGCUGAGGGCCCUGACAUGAAUGUUGAGGGCCUAGAGGCAAAUGUCAAACUUCCCAAGUUUAAGAAACCAAAGUUCGGGUUUGGGGUGAAAAGCCCAAAGGCAGAUAUCAAGGUUCCAGGUGCAGAGGUGGAUUUCCCGGAGGCUGAACUGAAUGUGGACUCUCCCGAUGUCAGCAUUUCUGGAAAAGGUAAGAAGAGCAAAUUCAAGAUGCCUAAACUUCAUAUGAGUGGUCCUAAAGUUAAAGGAAAGAAAGGUGCAUUCGAUGUGAAUCUCGCUGGUGGAGAGCUCGAUGCCAAUUUGAAAUCUCCAGAUCUGGAUAUGAACGUAGCUGGCCCAGAUGUGACAAUAAAAGGUGAUGCUAGUGUGAAGUCCCCCAAAGGAAAGAAACCCAUGUUUGGGAAGAUCUCUUUCCCAGAUGUUGAAUUUGAUCUUAAAUCACAUAGAUUCAGAGGGGAUGCUUCUGUGGCGGUCCCAAAAACAGAAGGGGAACUUAAAGUUCCUGAUCCGGAAGUCUCUGUGCCAACUGUCAAAGGCGAGGUUAAAGGCCUGAGUCUCAGUAUGGACACUGGAGCUCCUGACGUGAGUCUGAAGAAACCAAAACUCAAACUUCCCAGUGGGCAGGUGGUUGUAGGUGACUCAAAAAUCGAGGGUGACCUAAAAGGACCUGCCAUUGACACCUCUGUUCCUUCGGUCCCAGUGCCAGACCUCGACCUAGGUGUGAAAGGACCAAAAGUAAAAGGUGAAGUCAGUGUUCCUGCAGUAGAACUGGAAGGCCCAGAAGGAAAGCUGAAAUUGCCCCAGGUCUCAUUGCCCAAAAUGGGGAAAACAGGUCUCAGUCUGGAAAGGCCUGAUGUGAGCUUGGACAUCUCAGCCACAAAGGCGGAAGGAAGCGUGAACCUCCCUUCGGCUGAUGUGAGCCUCGGAGGUGUUGAUGCAAAACUAAAAGGACCCAAAGUCUCUCUACCCGAUUUUGAUGUAAACCUGAAAGGACCAAAACUAAAGGGAGAUCUGGAUGUUUCAAGCUCCAUUGAAGGGCCAAAGCUCAGCCUCGAUGCACCAGAUGUUGACAUUGGAGGUUGUGAAGGAAAGCUUAAAAUGCCAAAGUUUAAAUCCCCCACCGUGGAAGGACCUGAUCUGAGUAUGAAAGGAGGCGUUGGAUGCUCCAGCCCACAAAUGGAGGUAGACAUAAAAGCCCCAGGUGCAAAUGUCGAUCUCGGCAUCCCAGGUGUCAAUAUCAGAGGGCCCUCAGCAGACAUUUCUGCUCCAAACUUUGAUGUAAACCUGAAAGGACCAAAGUUGAAAGGAGAUCUCGAUGUUUCUGCUGGCAUUAAAUCCCCCAAAGUAUCUGUGGACGCGCCGGAUGUUGGCUUUGAAGGUCCGAGUGGCACAAUUAAGCUUCCUUCCCUCAAAAUCCCCCAGUUUGGCAUUUCCAGUCCUUGUGUUGAGGGAUCUGAUACGGGCAUCAGUCUUGAAGGACCGCAAGCUAAAGGAGGCCUUAAGGGCUCAGGAGUUGAUGUUGGGUUGGGAGGACCUGAUAUGGAAUUGAAAGGGCCUAAGUUUCAAAUGCAAUCACCUGGUGUUUCCUUGCAUGAUGUUGAUUUGAAGUUGAAAGGACCAAACGUACAGGCUGACAUAGAUGUUGCUAGUGAAAUCAAAGGUCCAAAAAUUGGAAUGGAAAUGCCUGGCAUUGACAUUAAGAAGUCUGGAGUGGGUGGCCACCUUGACGCUCCCGUCCUUGAUGCAUCUGCGCCAAAACUUUCCGUGUCAGAUUUUAAUGUAAAUUUAAAAGGGCCUAAGGGUAGUGCCACCCUUUCUGGAGACAUGUCAGCACCUACUGUGAAUGCUGGUGGGGGUGCUUUUCAUGUUACUGGACCAAAGGUAGGAAUCGGAGGUCCCAGCAUCGGCAUGAGUGUCCCGCAAGGUAGCCUAGGAAAAGUAUCAUUCCCCAAGCUGAGAAUGCCUAAAUUUGUUUUUUCAGACCCUGAGGUGAAGGGCAGGGAGGUAGGGGUUGAUGUAGAGUUCCCUCGGGCAGACGCUAGCCUUCAUGCUGGCGCCGUAGAGCUCGAGUUGGAAGACCCAGACAUCAGACUAAAGAAAUCCAAAAUUAAAAUGCCAAAGUUGAAAUUUUCAAAACAGAAGGGAAAGAGCAGCAGUGCCACAGGCUCCCCAGAGGCUUCUGGGUCCAUUUCGGGAUCAAAAGGAGAUCUGAAGAGUUCCAAGGUGAGCCUGGGGUCUGCAGAGGGUGACCUAGAUGGAGGAGAGGGCCCAUCAGCCAAAGGGAAGUUUUCCCUCUUCAAAAGCAGGAAACCACGUCACCGGUCAUCGUCCUUCAGUGAUGACCAUUCUUCCCAUUCAACGCCCACAGGAACCCUGGAGCUUGAUGUCAGCUCAGGCGCUGACAAAGGGAAGCAGGCCAAAAUGAAAUUUGGAACGUUUGGGGGCAUAGGGUCGAAAACUAAAGGGUCUUAUGAGGUAACGGGAAGUGAUGAUGAGACGGGAAAGAUGCAGGGUAGCGGGGUCUCGUUAGCGUCCAAAAAAUCACGCCUGUCAUCCUCCUCGAGCAACGACAGUGGCACGAAGGGUGGCUUCCGCAUGCCUGCAGUGGAGCUGACGGUCGCAAAAAAGAAAGAGUAGCGUGCCUGUACAUAGGUGUCUGUGUAUAUAGAUAGCCCUUCCUGGGUUUGUAUAUACAUUUCGUAGCUUGGGAUACUUUCAACUUCAGCAACAGAAUGAGCAAGGUCUGGCAGGACAUGUCCUAUCCCGCGCGGCAGAGGAGUGACGAAGGAAUGGAGGGGUCAGAAGGGGUGGCAGGGACGAGGGGAGAGGCGAGAUGGCUGCAUGGUCCAUCCGAUGCAUUUGGAGGCUUCUCUGUGCUUGAGACUUCGGUUGGUGCAUGAAAUGCUGAGAGCUUAAGUUUACUAGCAAGCUAUUUUGAUAUAUAUUUUUUUUCAUUCGACUGAAUAUUUUCAGUGUUUGGCUCAUGGAAAUCACUUUGCCAUUUUAAUGAUCUUUUUUGGCUUUUACUUGUGGGGCUUAAAUUUCUGUCACAAAAAUGGACAUAUUGAAAACACUGUAAAAUAUAGACGCAACUGUGCGUGUCAGUUUAAUUCCUCUUAUGGGGUAGAAAAAAAUUAAUCCAAGUAUUUCCCAUGGCUUUGCUGCUUAAGGGCAUGAUAACAAAUAACCUCAGGAGUCGUGCAGUGAGAUUUAAAGGAGAGUUAAAUGAGCAAGUAGCUGAUCCAGUUUGUGCAGGAGGAAUGUCUCAAAGAUUAUUGCAAAUUGCCACUAGGUGACUGGGCAUGAUUUUAUUGAAGUGUUCUUUGUUGCCUCUAUACGUUUGUUUUAUUAUUUGUAUUAUAAGAGAAAAUUCGUCUCAGUUGUGGCAUAAAAGCUUGCAAUGGCCACUCUUCUGGUAUUUGUUAAAAUUUCUGUUAACAAGUGUAUCUCAAAUUUAAAAAAAAAAAAAAAAUCCAAACCUUUCAGCACUUUAACGGCAAAUUAAUUGAGAAUGUAAGAAGAACGGUCUUGUAAAAUGCAAAUAAAAAAAAUUUAUUA